AUGAGCCAAGCUGCUACUCCGCCCAAGUGGCGCACGUCGGCCAGUGUAAUCCUGGUGUCCAGGGAAGUCGUUAAAAGCGAGGAUUACAAGUUGCUAAUGCUAAAACGCAGCGAUGCCACAGCGGUGAUGGUCAACCAGACUGUAUUCCCCGGUGGCCUCCUGGAUUCCGAGGCCGAUGAGAGCGUGGAAUGGCUGCAGUACUUCGAGGAGUUCGGUGUCCCGCAGGAGGCACUGCGUCGCCUGGUGCUAAUCCGCGAUGAUCGUCCUGCCAUCCUGGCGCCCCAGGGAACCGGCUGCUACGAUCGCUUCUUCAAGCGUUCCCGCAUUUGGGCGCGGGAGAUUACACUGCGACUCUGCGCCGUGAGGGAGUGCUUCGAGGAGGUGGGACUGCUGCUGUGUCGCAGUCGCAGCCAGUUGGACUUCGGUGCAGUGACCUGCGCUCAGGAUGUCCCCGAUUUGGAGGCGUGGCAGCGACGGGUGCACGACAAACCCAGCGAAUUCCUGACCCUCUGCCGGGAACUUAAAGUGGUGCCGGACUUGUGGGCACUCCACGAAUGGUCUGCAUGGGCGAGUCCAGGGUUCAUGCGCAAGGGCUAUGAAACGGUUUUCUUUAUGGCUUUUGCGGACAAGCUGCCCAAAUUGCUGGAGGAACCCUCUGAGGUCAAGGAGACGCUGUGGCGAACACCGCUGGAACUGCUGCGACUGUCUGAACUCGGCGAGGUUUGGUUCCUGCCUCCACAGGUCUACGAAUUGUCACGCUUAAUGGGAAUCAAGGAUUACAAGAGCGUGCUGGAGUUUGCCAUUAAGCGUAGUGUACUAGGCACCACUAUGUUCCUGCCAGUGGGUUAUGACUGCAAUGGUUCUAUGGUUUUUGUCCUACCAGGUGAUGACUUCUUUGUUCCAGAGCCGCAUUUGGUUAACGAAAUCAUCAGUUUUCCUGGCUCCGAGGAGGACUUUAAGGCUCGUUCAAAGCGCCUACAUCGAUAUUCCUAUGGUCCUUCCAUUCGAAACUUGGAUCUGAAUAUUCCCCCGCCCAAUGGACACUUGAGACCGCUGAAAUUUCAUCUGGAGCGCCAGAAGCUGUAAUCACAGUCCGCAGCUGGCUGGCCAUCGACGCGAGUGGUGACCCCAGCUGCUAAGCUCUGAUAAGAUGCUAAAUGUGACCUCCGAAAUGAGGCAGUCACAAAUUGUUGUUUUGAAAUUAUUCUAAGCGGCUUUAGCCGGCCAUCAAAUUAUCUAGACGCUUGCCCCAAAAGGGCAUUAAUUAUUAUUUUACGAGAGAAAUUUUAAUUAA